GCACAAAUGGCAUUGCGUCAUAUACCAUUCUUCUCUCAGACACUUUCUCUCACCUUCACUUCCAAACCCAAACUAAACAACAAUAACAAAAACCGUUUCUCCUUCUUCACUCCCUCACUCUCUUCCACUGCUCUCAUGGCCACUUCUCACAAGGUCUUGCUUCCAAUUGCAGAGGGCACCGAGCCCAUGGAAGCUGUCAUAAUCGCCGACGUCCUCCGCCGCGCCGGCGCCGACGUCAUAGUCGCCUCCGUCUCCGCCAGCCUUUCCGUCCUAGCUCGCCACGAUGUCAAGAUCAUCGCAGACGCCCUCGUCUCGGAUGUCGUCGGCACCUCGUUUGACCUCGUCGCAAUCCCUGGAGGGAUACCGGGUGUUGAAAAUCUAAGGGACUGUAAGGUUUUGGAAGGGUUGGUGAAGAAGCAUGUGGAGGAAGGACGCCUUUAUGCUGCGGUGUGUGCUGCUCCUGCGGUAGUGCUUGGGCCUUGGGGUUUGCUGAAUGGAUUGAAGGCCACUUGUUUUCCUACAUUGAUGGAGAAAUUGGCCUCUUACGCAGCCACUACUGUCGAGUCUAGGGUGCAGGUGGAUGGGAAAUUAGUGACCAGUCGAGCGCCGGGAACUACCAUGGAGUUUGCUGUUGCGCUGGUUGAGCAGUUAAUGGGAAAAGUGAAAGCAGAAGAAGUUGCUGGCCCUCUGGUCAUGCGUUCCAAACAUGAUGAGGAAAAUACUUUCAAGGAGUUUAACCCAGUGCAGUGGACAUUUGACAAUCCACCCAGGAUUCUUGUACCAAUUGCUUAUGGUUUUGAGGAAAUGGAAGCUGUGAUUAUCAUUGAUGUUUUGCGAAGAGCAAAGGCAAAUGUUGUGGUUGCUUCUGUUGAGGAUUAUCUAGAGAUUGUGGCAUCACGAAAUGUUAAACUGGUGGCAGACAUGCUCCUUGACGAAGCAGCCAAACUUUCGUAUGACCUUAUUGUCUUACCUGGUGGACUUGGUGGUGCCCAAGCAUUUGGAAACUCAGAAACCUUGGUGAAAUUGCUGGAAAAACAAAGAGAAUCAAACAAAUAUUAUGGAGCAAUUUGUGCAUCGCCCGCCUUAGUCUUAGAGCGCCAUGGUUUGCUCAAGGGUAAAAAGGCCACUGCCUAUCCUGCAAUGUGCGACAGGUUAUCUGAUCAGAGUGAAGUAGAAAACAGAGUGGUAGUUGAUGGGAAUCUCAUUACCAGUAGAGGCCCAGGAACCUCCAUUGAGUUUGCAUUAGCUAUUGUGGAGAAGCUGUUUGGACGCCAGUUAGCUCUAGAACUUGCAAAGGCAGUAGUGUUCGCGCGCCCGUAGGAUUUAUGAAUGCGAAGCCUUUUGUACCGACGCAUUAUUAUAUAUUUGUGUAUGAAUAAUUGAGUAUUUGUCCUUGGCUGGUUCCCUGAGUUGUAAAAGAACGCGAAGAAAGCAGUUGUUGGUAACCUUGAUUUCUCUUUGGUAGUUGCUUUUCA